AUGAGCCUUACAACUGUGAGCAUACCGAAAUUGGAGGAUUUGCUGUUAUUCCUCGAACGACGUGCCAACAAUAUUACCGUUGCCCCACAUACCGUUAUCACACAACCGUUGUAUAGGCGUUCCGCUUCUCGUACAGUUAAGGCGCACGUGGGCGCAACGAAUAGUACUCAAUUCACAAGCGCAUCCGCUGCCAACAUUGGUUGCCCUCAGUGCUCAGGUAAUCAUGGUUUAAUAAGGUGUCUUCAGUUUCGGAACAUGCACGUCCCUGAACGCUGGGACCGUGUAAGGCGCUUAGCAAUUGUCUACGUUCAGGACAUACCGUUCAUCAGUGUACUUCGGGUGUGUGUUCGUUUUGCCAGCAAGGGCAUAACACGCUACUCUGUCGACGUACAGGUACGAAACCUGUAGAGAAUAUAGCGGAUACGAGUGUAUCCCGACCAUCAGCAGCUUCGGUAACAACGCCAGGCUCUACAUCAACAUUAAGCUCAGGUGCUGCGGCGAAACACACUUCUACUGGACCGCAAGUGUAUUCCCGCCAGCAAUGACAUAUCGAUGAGGUCCAGUCAUUAGUUGCGCAAGAUGACCGGACCACUUUGCUUGCGACGGCUAAGGUGCUUCUUUCGGAUUGCCAUGGAAGGCCUUAUGAAUGUCGUGCAUUAUGUGACAUCGGAUCUCAGGUGAGCUUCCUCAGUGAAUCCAUGUUUAAAAUUCUGAACCUUCGUAGAACACCGGGGCAGAUCCGAGUAGAAGGUAUAGGCGCCAAUGCAGCCGCCUACACAAAGGGCUCUACAACUGUGCGAUUAAGAUCCCUCAACGACGAGACAUUCUCGAUGCAAUUUGAAGUCUACAUCCUACCAACGAUUACGACUAUGACACCAGUAUGAAAGGUCGACUCAUCCGCCUGGGAUCACCUUUCUGGACUCCAGCUUGCCGAUCCAACAUUUGGCACUCCUGCCAAAAUUGAUCUUCUUAUUGGCGCAGAUAUUUGGCCCGCUUUAAUUGCCGAUGGGAUUGCUGCGGGACCCCAUGACGAACCGUGCGCGCUCUGCACCCGCCUCGGUUGGGUUGUGUUUGGUCCCGCGAUGGUCAACACACCAAAUCAUUUGACGCACACUCUAACCCUUAGUAAAUGUAUUGGCGAUCAGCAACUGGACAAACUACUGCAAAGGUUCUGGCAGGUUGAGGACACUGGUCCUGUCGACGAACUCUCGGUAGAUCCUUGUGAACGGAUUUUCAUCUUCUUCCGAAUGCUCCAGUGUUAGGAGAUUCUUAUCAAGCAGCGCGCCGUCAGUUUUUCCACCUUGAGCGAAAAUUAGCUGGCGACCCUGAACUUAGGAACAAAUACAUCAUGUUUAUGCAAGAGUACAUAGCACUCGGUCACAUGAGUCCAGUGAAGGACGAUUGCAUCGACCCGACUCAAUGCUAUUACAUACCCCAUCACGCGGUGACAGGUAAUUUUCGUGUGGUAUUCAACGCGUCCUGCAAAACCACAAGUGGAGUGUCAUUGAACGACACUCAGUUUUCGGGACCACAGCUUCAGGACAAUUUGAUUGAAAUUCUUCAUCGGUUUCGACGCUAUCGUAUAGCUAUAACAGCCGAUGUCAAGAAAAUGUUUCGACAGGUUGAGAUCAAUCCCUUGCAUCGUAAAUGGCAACGCAUCUUGUGGCGGGAAUCUCCAGUCGAACCACUACGUAGCUUUGAGUUGGCUACAGUAACGUAUGGAAUGACAAGCAGUCCAUACAAUGCGAUUCGCUCCUUACGUCAAUGUGCUGUAGAUAACUACAACAUUGUGGAGGACGAAAACCGUGCUUCUACAGCAAGAAAGAGUAUCCUGGAUGGAUUUUACGUCGACGACUAUUUGGAAAGUUUCGACUCUCUGGUGGAAGCUGUUAGUUGUGCUCAUGAUGUCGACGCAAUCCUUCGACAAGGUCAGUUCAUUCUUGGCAAAUGGAAUUCGAACUGCGCCAAGGCACUUGAUGCAAUCACCGAUCCAGAGAAAUCAGGAAGCGAUAUUGAAUUAUACGAUUCCAACGCAACUGUGUUAGGCCUACACUGGAAUCCGUUGAGCGACGAGCUCUUUUUUAAGGUGAGCAUUGCAGACUCACAUACACUACCAACAAAGCGUAGUAUUUUAAGUGAUGUUGCAAGGCUGUAUGACCCAAUUGGUAUACUAGCGCCAGUGGUAGUUCUGGCCAAAAUGUUUAUUCAAACCCUAUGGAGGAAGGAUCUUAACUGGGACACUCCACUACCUGCAGAAUUACAAGACCAGUGGCUCGAAUUUCGAAAUGGUCUUCGUGAACUAGCGCGCGUCCGUGUACCGCGUUGGUUAAGCAUGUCUCCUCAUGCAUUUUGUACAUUUCAUGGAUUUUGUGACGCUAGCUCUAAGGCGUAUGCUGCGGUUAUCUAUGUGAAUAGUGUCACACAAGGAAGUAAUUCUAACAUGGCACUUGUUACUGCAAAAACCAAGGUGGCACCUGUGAAAGAGAUUACUAUACCACGCUUGGAACUUUGUGCUGCCCACCUACUGGUAAUCACUCUAUGUCAUGUGCAAAAGGCGCUCCGUUUAAACAACGUCCCUUACACACUCUGGAGUGAUUCAACUAUAGUUUUGCAUUGGAUUCGUAAACAACCGUCAGUUUUGAAACAGUUCGUUGGUAAUCGCGUUGCAUACAUCCAGGCCCACACCAAGGUAGAAUGUUGGCGACACAUUCGCUCCGAGUACAAUCCGGCCGAUUGUGCGAGUCGAGGAAUUACGCCUACAGGCCUUCUGCAUCAUCCGCUAUGGUGGACAGGUCCACCUUGUCAUUAUAUAUGCUUCCAAGAGGAUUCAGUUGUGCCCGAACUAACGGAGGAGCAACUCCAGGCACAGACUCUGGAAUGCCAACCUUUUCGUACUCUUGUAACCAUUCGGCAGAAUCAUCAUGAAUUGCUUACGACUUCUGCGUAUGGUCAGAGAAUUCCCCUCGUUGAGAAGUUCAGCAUACUUAGUCGUGUCCUCAAUACAACAGCGCGACUAAGACGUUUUCUUCCGUGCUACAAGGGUCAGAGGUCGAAUAUUGUGACAGCAGAAGAGUAAAAACGAUAUACAACGUGUUUGCGUUGCGACCAACAACUCCGUGAUAUGUUCAAUAUUAAUCUGGAUCAAGUUAAGAGAACUGGACGAUGCCACCGUCGGAAAUACUGGUGAGACUACAAAAACUGCGAAUGUAGUUCCAUUGGUCGCUCCUAGAUAUAUCAAUACCACCAGAAGAUCAGAUGGUUCAGUAAAUAUUCCGAAAAAGCGAAGUAUGAAAAGGUCAAAAACAGAAUCUGAAACUAAACAAGAUUCAAACAAAAAAAAAGUAGAAACUCAAACUACACAUCAAAACAUUCGUUCGUUUUUUACAUCCGCUGUAAAUAAUGAACAACAACAAGUAAGUCUUGAACGACAUGAUAAUACAGCAGUUAGUGAUGUUGUUUUAGAUGAGUUUUUUAACAGUGAUGACGAUUUCAAUGAAAUUAUAUCUCAAGUUGAUAUACAAAAUGAACAUAUCCGAAGCGAAAAUGUGGGUGAUGAACCGGCUAUCAUCAGUGAUGGCUUGUUAACAAAUAAUGUGACUUCUGUUUCAACAGAAAGCU